UCCAAAAAAGUGCGGAACUGAAUUCGUCUGUUUGAUUCUGCUGCUGCCGCGGAAAAUCUGUUAUUUCGUUCUAUUUCGCAGCGAAAUGUUUCGCGUUCGCAAUCAACGAUGAACCUCAUUUUCGUCACCUUUUGGCGCACUAGUCUUCCACGGGGGCUGCCGAAGAGGCUGAGCACAACGCCGGCAGCAAGUUUCCGUACGUACUGUGAUCACGGGGCACCGGCAGAGCCCUCCGCUUCGAACGCAAAAGAUGCCGAGGUGGUCCGGGUACGAUUCGCCCCAAGUCCAACAGGUUUCAUGCACCUCGGUGGACUGCGGACGGCGUUGUACAACUAUCUGUACGCCAAGGCACACGGUGGCCAGUUUGUGCUGCGUAUCGAAGACACGGACCGGGAGCGGUUUGUCGAGGGAGCCUCGGAAAAACUCUACGCCGAUCUGAAGUGGGCCGGCAUCGAACCGGACGAAGAUCCGUUCAAGGGUGGCCCGCACGGACCGUACACCCAGAGCCAGCGGUACGAGAUCUACAAGCGUGAGGUGAAGAAGCUGAUGGAAGAUGGCCGGGCCUACUACUGUUUCUGCACCGAGCGCCGGCUGGAGCUGUUGCGCAAGGAAGCGCUCCGGCUGAGGCAGGUUCCGAAGUAUGACAAUAAGUGCCGUCAUCUCACGCCCGGCCAAGUGGCGGAACGGUUGGCCAAGAAUGACAAAUUCUGCAUACGCUUCAAGCUGCACUCGAAGGGCGAUGAGUUUAACGAUCUCAUCUUCGGCAAAAUCGUUUACUUCAUCGCACAACAGGAGGGCGAUCCGAUCAUCAUCAAAUCGGACGGUUAUCCGACCUACCACUUUGCCAACGUGGUCGACGAUCACUACAUGCGCAUCACGCACGUGCUACGCGGUGUGGAGUGGCAAAUUUCCACCCCAAAGCAUAUCCAACUGUUCCACGCGUUCGGCUGGCGACCGCCACAGUACGCGCACCUUCCGCUGAUCAUGAACCCGAACGGGACGAAGCUCAGCAAACGGCAGGGCGAUGUGCAGCUGGAGCACUACCGCCACAAUGGUACCUUCCCACAGGCACUGCUGAACUACGUCACGCAGAGUGGUGGAGGAUUCGGGCGUGAAUUGCUAGAAAUUGCAGCACCCCAGCUUCCCGAUCUAGUUCGGUUGUUUGACCUGAAGAAGAUUAACGCAAACUCUAGUCGCCUGAACCCGGAGCUUUUGAAACACUUCAAUCGCGCCGAAAUACGGCAUAAGCUGGAAAACGACAGUGUGGCUGCAGAAGAAAUCGUCCGAGAGGUUACCGAGAUGGUGCGGAAAGAGUUCCCCAAAGAAAGCAAACAGCUGCAACUGGAACCAGAGCAUGUGCGGGAUGUACUUAGCUGGUCUUUGCCACGGAUCGAUUCAUUACACGAUCUCGUUCGGGGUAAACUAUCCUUCCUCUGGAUACUACCGAAGCCUACAAAGGAGAAGAUCGUUGAUACUGAUAUCUUGGCACUGCUGGCAAAGAAUCUUUCGACUGAGACGGACGUACCGGAGUUUAGUAAGGCAGAACUGAGCCGAUUUAUCAAAACGUUUGCCGAGCGAAACCAUCUUGCAUUUGAGAAGCUGAUGAAGGCAUUGCGGGCAGGAUUGAGUGGGCUGCAAGAAGGCCCCUCGGUGCCGGAAAUGAUGGAAAUCCUAGGGCGCGAAAAGACAGUGCAACGGAUCGUGUUGGCAGCGGGAAAGCAAAAAUAA